CUUCCUCCAUUACCGCCACGCCGCCGCCGCCCCCCUCACUUCCCUCGCCGCCAAAACCUUAGUACCUAACCCACCCGAACCGCCGCCAUGUCGUCCACGCCGCCGGCCGUCGCGUCCCCCGCUUCUGAGCAGGCUAAAUCCAAGAAGAAGAAGCACAAGUCGAAGGACGCCACCGCAGCCGCCGCCGCCACCGACCCGCCGUCGCUCGCCGAGGCCGAGGAGAAGACGGAUGGCUACCUCAUCAAGCCCCAGUCCCUGGUGCCGUCCCUCGACACCUCCACCUGGCCGCUUCUCCUCAAGAACUACGACCGCCUCAACGUCCGCACGGGCCACUACACACCGCUCCCCUCCGGUCACUCGCCGCUCAAGCGCCCCCUCGCCGAGUUCCUCCGCUACGGCAUCAUCAACCUCGACAAGCCGUCGAACCCAUCCUCCCACGAGGUGGUUGCCUGGAUCAAGCGCCUCCUCCGCUCCGAGAAGACCGGCCACAGCGGCACGCUCGACCCCAAGGUCACCGGCAACCUCAUCGUCUGCAUCGACCGCGCCACGCGUCUCGUGAAGUCGCAGCAGGGCGCCGGCAAGGAGUACGUCUGCGUCGCCCGCUUCCACGCCGCCGUGCCGGACACCGCCCGCGUUGCCCGCGCUCUCGAGGCCCUCACAGGCGCCGUGUUCCAGCGCCCGCCGCUCAUCUCCGCGGUCAAGCGCCAGCUCAGGGUGCGGACCAUCUACGAGAGCAAGCUCCUGGAGCACGAUACCGAGCGCCACCUUGCGGUGUUCUGGAUCUCCUGCGAGGCAGGUACCUAUGUCCGGACACUCUGUGUGCACCUUGGCCUGCUCCUUGGUGUUGGUGCGCAUAUGCAGGAGCUGCGCCGUGUCCGGUCAGGGAUCCUCGGGGAGCAGGACAAUAUGGUGACCAUGCACGAUGUGAUGGAUGCGAUGUGGGCGUUAGAUAACUACAAGGACGAGACCUACCUGAGGCGCGUCGUCAUGCCGCUUGAGGUACUGCUUACUAGCUACAAGAGGCUUGUUGUUAAGGACUCUGCUGUAAAUGCUAUCUGUUAUGGUGCCAAGCUUAUGAUCCCUGGGUUGCUCCGGUUUGAGAAUGAUAUUGAGACUGGGGAGGAGGUGGUUCUCAUGACUACAAAGGGGGAGGCGAUUGCCAUUGGUAUUGCUGAGAUGACCACUGCUGUCAUGGCGACAUGUGACCAUGGUGCAGUGGCAAAGAUCAAGAGGGUGGUGAUGGACAGAGACACAUACCCGAGGAAAUGGGGGCUUGGCCCGGUGGCACUCAAGAAGAAAAAGCUGGUUGCUGAGGGCCUCCUCGACAAGCAUGGGAAGCCAAAUGAGAAGACACCAGCUGAGUGGCUUCGGAAUGUUGUGCUUCCCACUGGUGGUGAUGUAUCAAUUGCUAGCAUCGCAGCUGCUCCUGAGCCACAGAAAGUGAAGGUGGAACAGGAUGCAGUUCCGACUGAAGAGGUCAAUGAGAAGAAAAAGAAGAAGAGACAGAAGGAUGAGGAGGGUGCUGAUGCCGAUGCUUCCGUUCCUGCGAAGAAGAUCAAGGUUGAGGAAGCUGCCGAGGCAGUGGAAGGGGAGAAGAGUGAGAAGAAGAAGAAGAAAAAGAAAGAUAAGGGCGAAUCAGGAUCAAUUGAGGCGGUGGAAGUGCAGGAGACGGACAAUCUGGCUGAUGAGAAGGAUGGCAGCGAGAAGAAAAAGAAGAAGAAGAAGAGCAAGGAAGGAAGCGAUGCUGCAGAUCCAGAGAGUGCUCAAAAUGGAGAUUGCGUGGAAGCUGAGAAGAGUGAAAAGAAAAAGAAGAAAAAGAAGAGUCGAGAUACAGAGGAGGCACAGUAGGUAGAACAGCUUGCAUGGCUGGUUGUCUUUGUUCUGGACUUGCAGGGGAAGUUUCAAAUGCAUCUCUUGCUUGCUUUGUGUAUCCCUUGCAACCGUUAUAGGCCUAAUGUACCAUCCUUAGGUUGUUACCAUUCUACUGCUUUGAACUACUAUGACAAGUGGCUAUAUUUUCAUUGAAACUCUUGAACAACGAUGCCUGUAUUGUUGUUUCAGUUAUCCGAUAAUGCAAUGAGUUUUGCUUCGUCUUGA